CUCCUCCUCCUCCUCCUGAGCUUCCUCCGCCCUCUUUGUAACAUAAACGAGCUCAGCAGCAUCCAGUCAGCCGGGUUCAGCUCCACCAGCCUUUGCAGGAAAACAGUCAUCGAACAUGGCGGAGAGAGGCAGGCAGCAGCCGCAGUAGAGCUCAACCGUGUUUAUCAAGGGGAUAAGUUGGAUUUUGCAACAACAUCAAAGGAGUGGAAAUGAUCCGUGAAUGAGGAAAGAUGAGCCGACACGCAACAGACUUCCAGGGGUCGGUGCAGGAGAGCGUGCCCUCCCCUCCGCUGCCUGCUGGUCAUGUGCUCCACUCUGCAGCCGUGUUGUUCCCCGGUGCCUUCGAUCAACACGGCUGCCCUUUGAUCGUGUUCCCGGCGGAGGAACAGGCCAAACUCUCCUCAGAACUCGGCAAAGCAGAAGUGGUGGACUUCAUAAACUACUUUCUGUGUAUGCACAAUAAGAAGCAGGAGAAGGAGAGUUUGGUGUCCGUGGUGGCUGAUCUGAGGCAUGCCUCGCUCCCUACGACCAGGUUCGUCGCCGAGACGCUGCUCCUGCUUGAGCAUCACAAGCGGAGGGUCCACAGUGUUUACAUUAUUCAACCCAAAAAGAAGGAUGCUGCCAAGCUGUUGCUGAAACUCCUGACUCCCUCAAAGUCUCACACUGUCUCUUUCAAAAAAGUCCUUCUUAAAGAAAUCCCAGAGCUCUCCAACUACAUCGACCGAAGCCAGCUGACGGCGUCGUUGGGCGGCUACCUGAUCUACUGUCACCAGAGUUGGGUGGCCUUCAUCAAGGAGAUCGAUGAGUUCGUUCAGGAGUUCCUCUCUGUGGUGCAGCGGCUGCCCUCGUGCAUCUCCACCCUUAAGGCUCUGUCCAGGCUGCAGCCGCCCUCCACCUUCAGCGAGCUCCGACACUUCUGCUCCACCAACGAAGCCAAGUUCCUGCAGCUCAGGAGGGAGCUGGGUCUGGAUAAACUGCUGACUCACUGUGAAGGUGUAGUGGAGAAGCUGCGUUACCCGGAGAAGGCGCCGUGCUACCAGGCGAUGGCCGGCACUGCCCUCUUCACCCACACCGCCUUCGACAUGCUGCAGAACCACAGCAGGAUAACUGCUGCUGUGGAAAAAGUGGAGCUGCUGUGGCAUCAGGCCUUCUCUAAGGCCCGCCUCCAGUUACAGGUGUUCCAGCUGAAAGAGGACGCUCUGCAGAUCACAGAGCAGAUCAAAACUCUCCUUCAAGAGAAACUCCAGCCGUACAAAAUAGAGAUUGCAAAGGAUGCUGGGAGGGCAGUGAUGUUGGUGUCCGAAUUUGAGGCGUCCAUUCACACGCCUGCUAUGACACUCGUCCGCUGUGCUGAAGAAGUGAUCCACACGGUGGCAGAGAUCCUGCUGUAUGACGGUCAGACCCGGGAGCGCUGGGUUCUGGAUGUGGAGAGGCUGAAGGAGAGACUCUACUCCGCCGUGAAGUUCAUCCUCCAAACCCUCAGAGCAGUUUCCAGCUACCACCAAUACUACAACAAGGCUGACAGCUGGUACCGUGUGGUCCUCUGUGAGAACAUCCUCCAGAUGCUGCUGUCCGGAGUCAACGGGGACGGUGUUCAGAGGAGGAACUGGGGGACGAUCCCGGCCUGGAGGUACAAACUGUCCUCUUUCCUGAAGAAGAAUCCCCCUCCAGAUGUGGAGGAGCUGGUUCAUCUGGCUCACCUGUCUAACGCCGUCCCAGACGAUGAGGUCCAGGAGGUCGGCAAGCAGAUGUCUCGCCGGUGCAUGGCCCUGAGGAAACUGCUGAUGAGUUCUGGACCCGUGGCGGUCGGUCAGCUCCAGCUGGCCUUACAGUGGCAGUACGAGCUGUUACGGAGCAGCUGUGUCGAUCCUUCCUCUGCUGACGGAGCCACAAACGGAGCGGCUGAGGAUGUUCAGGACUACAAUACAUGUGAAAGUGGUCCAGUAAGGUCUACAACUGCGGUUGCCAUGGCGACGUCUGCUGAGGCCAAACCCCCGUCCCUCAGCUCAUUCGACUCCGGCUUCGACGGCCAGCUGGAGGCCUGUGGAGUCGGGACCAGGGACCUUGUGAGACCCGCCGUGAUCCAGCCUCAAAUCCACAAAGAGAACCUCUCCAGUGUUUCAGACCCCGAGGACCACAGAGAGGGGUUUGACGUCGGCUCCGUGGGGAACUCCUCCGGGCCCAGCAUCCAGAUCGUCCCCAAGGUCACCGUGGACUCCCUCAACCUGGAGAUCAAGGUGAAGCGCUCGGCGGCGCUGCCCAACAACCCUUGGCUCAGCCUGCCGGUAGACGACCUGGAGAACUCGUACACGGUUACCAUCACGCAGAACCCGACGCCGCUGAAGAAGGAGCCUCGAUUCCUCCCCCACGAUCCCUCCACCGACCGGUCUCGAGAUCAGCCCAUGCAGACGGAGGUUUUGAGAGACUGGACGAUGCGCUCAGAAAGCAGUUUGGAGGAUCCUGAACUGAGUCCGGUUCGCAACAUCCUCUCCAGCACUAUUACAGAUGGAAGAGACAAGUCCAUCUGCACCGCAGAGGGGAUCCCCACGCUCCUCUGGGACUCCUACGACCUCCACCACCAGAAUCAGGACGCUGUGGACGGUGAGAUGGAUAUCUCCCUAAAUGACUGGGAUGUGAAGGAGCAGGAGGAUUUGAAGGAGGUGGAAAAGAUCCUGGUCAGAGCCGAUGAAAUACUGGAGAAAGAAGAAAGUGUUCUGGCUCAGGAGGCGGUGCUGGACGCCCUGCUGAGGUCGGAGGAGAGGCACCAUCAGUGGCCAAUGUGGGACACUGAGGACCAGCUCGGAGUGAUGUCGUCUAGUGAGCUGGCUGAAGCCGGUGUCCUUGGCCUCGAGGAUUACCUUGACCCUGCAGAGUCCGACCACCUCGGUUCGCCCGGAUCAGCUGGAUCUGAAAGCGAAACUAAAGCUUCUGAAGCUGCAGAUGGAGCGUUUCACAGCAGGCCGGACCUGCUGACGGAGCUGAGGAAAGUCCACAUCCUGGAGGAGCUGAUCAUGGAGGAGAACCUGAAGAUCCACGAGCUCCGACGCUGCGAAGAAAACCCCAAAGAGGAUCUCUCUGUGGGCGAACCUCCGGAUACGAACAAGCCGCCAUGUUUGAGCAAAGAGAGGGAGGCUUUUCAGCUACAACUGCAAAAGGAGAAAAGGGAGGUGGAGAAGCUGGAGGAGAGUUUGGACGAAGAACGUAAAGCGAAGAAGCACAAGGACAGAGCUAGAAAGGUUGUGAAAUGUUCUGUACUGGAUAGGGCUAGAAGUGAGAAUAAGGAGGACCAAGCCCUCUGUGAUGAGCUUCUAUCAGGUAGAUGUAGAUCACAGAGGACACAUUCAAAACCUUUAGACCAGAAUGAUUCUCAGGAAACUCAGGAAAAUGAUAAUAUUCGAGAAGUGUCGGGUUCUGAUGUUGCCAAAGAGUCUACACCACAUGACUUAAUUCGACCUCCAGAUUCACAAUGUCAAGAUGAUUGCUCGUUAGCAUUUAUUGGAGCAACCUCUGAUUUGAAGGAGGCUCCUGAAGAGGAGGGAAUCCAACCUGAGGGAUGCAUCUAUGGGAACAAAUUAGACAAAUCUCCUGAAGAUGCGUCAUUAAUCUCUGGACUGAGGCCAGAUGAUGGAGGGUUUGACCCAGGUGGGAAACCACACCUUCCUCCUGUUCCAGAACCAAAAAUGUCUCCACUUCCUGUGAACCACGAUGACCUCGCAGAGCACCAACCUCCUCCUCAUUCCACAGAGCUGCAGGAUCCAGCUCAGCCCUCCGUUGCUCAAGAUCCUGGUUUUGCACUGCCCGAGAAUUCAACUCCACCCCUCAUAAAUCACGACUUUGUUCUCAAUCCAAAUGUGAAGGAACACAGCAACAACAACAACAACCAUGCACUCACAGAAAAACUCCAUGUUUCAUUAGACCGCUUGUCUGAAAUAACCACUAAAGGUGAAGAGGAUGCAUCAGUAGCACCUGAAUGUUUGAUAGCAACAGAUUUGCACCCAGCAGAGGACGUCCAGACUUUAUCUGCUGCAGAUGAGCAGUCGGCGCCACAGCUGCCUCCAGACCGACCUCUGGAGUUUGACCCCGGUGGAGGAGAUGAACAGAGGGAAGGCUUUCAGAGGUCUGAGGUCAUGAGGAUAUCAGGCUCUGGGUCACCUGGGAUUCAGGCCCAGCUUAACAUCAACACGAGAGAGAUGACAGAUUUCAAGACCCCCAUAGUCCUGGAUACGGGGUCUGGUUUGAUGAAAGCAGGAUUUGCAGAUCAAGACCUCCCGAACAUUAUAUUCCCAACAAUUAUUGGGAUGCCAAAAUACGAGGAAAUAAUGAAUGGUAACCUUGAAAGGGAGAUCUACAUCGGACAUGGGGCUCAACACAUGAGAGGGGUCCUGGCUCUGAAGCAUCCCAUUAAGAACGGGAUCAUUAAUAACUGGGAUGAAAUGGAAAAGAUUUGGCAUCACACAUUCCAGCAGCUGUGUGUGGAUCCAGAAGAUCACCCCGUCCUGCUGACGGAGGCGGCCAUGAACCCGAUGGGGAACCGUCAGCGCAUGGUGGAGAUCAUGUUCGAGUGUUUCAAUGUUCCCUUCACCUACGUGGCCAUGCAGGCGGUGCUGGCACUUUACGCUGCAGGGAGAACCUCUGGUGUGGUGUUUGACUCUGGAGACGGAGUAAGCCACAGUGUUCCUGUGUUUGAGGGAUACUGUCUACCUCAUGCCGUGCAGCGCUUCCCUCUGGCUGGUGGAGACGUUACGAUGCAUCUUAAAAAGCUUCUGCAGGAACAAGGUGUGUGCAUGCGCACCACGGCGGAGAUGGAGAUAGUGAGGGAGAUCAAGGAGAGGUGCUGCUGUGUGGCCGUCGACUAUGAAGCCGAGCUGAGUCGGGGGGGCGAGUCCUGCAGAGAGAUGCAUUACACCAUGCCAGACGGACAGAUCGUCACACUCGCCACGGAGAGGUUCAGGGCCCCUGAGAUCCUCUUCAAACCCGAGCUGAUUGGACGGGACCAUUACGGGAUGCACGAGAGCGUCUUCAAGUCCAUCCUCAGCUCGGACAUCGACCUGCGGCGCUGCUUCCUGGGAAACAUCGUCCUGUCAGGUGGGAACACUCUGCUGCCGGGGCUUCCCGAGCGGCUCCAGGCUGAAAUCAGAGGGCUGGUUCCGGCCGCCGAAAUGCGGAAUGGCGUUCGCGUCACCAGCCCCGAGGACAGAGACUUCUCGGUGUGGAGCGGGGGGGCGGUGCUCGCCAACCUGCCGGCCUUCAGCGCCGCCUGGAUCAGUCAGGAAGAGUAUGAGGAGCACGGGCCGCAGAUCGUCUUCAGGAAGUGCUUCUGAGACGGGACGCUGUGUGACGUACCGCUUUAAUGUUGUUUCACAAAGUGCAAUAUAUAAAUAUAUAUAAUACAGUGCCAUGGAUUGGUAUGAGCCAUUAUAAGCCAUUUUAUAUAUUUGUUUUUUAUGUAUUAAGUUUCAGUUUUACCGUCAUUAGUGAGUCUUAUCUAUUGAAAUUAUUGAAUUAAUGUUUAUGUGCAUAAAAUUCCUGUCAGUGUGUUUUCGUCCCUCAAGAACCUUUUUUUUAUUGUGUCUUAAAUUUCCCUUUUUUGGAAAUAUAUUUCUGUGCCUCGAGAAUUUAAGCGCAAUUAAUGAUAAUGUCUGUGGUUUAAGGGACUGGAAUUGAAGCUGGCCUUUGAUCGACGUCUGCCAACUUUGUUUCCAGAAUAAGCACAUAAAGAGAACUCCAAAUUAUAUAUUAAGAUAAUAUCAAAUUAUGAUGUGUAUUUAUACAACAAUUUA